AUGAAACCGACAAGCGACACCAAGAAGAAUACUACUACUUUGUCUAAAUCAAAAGAUGAAAAGACGACGAAUAACAAAGACAAAUCUGCUGCAGUACCAAAGAAUGUAGUUCCUCCAAAAAAGAAACAACAACAACAAAAGAAACAAUCUGGUGGUAGUGGUGGAUUAUCACUCGCAUUCAUGGACUCUCUUGCAUCUAUUCAAAAGAAACAAAAUGAUCCUACCAUUGCAAAGGUUUUGAAAGAAACUAAAACCAAUGCGACAGUUGCAACAUCUGUUGUGGCGACGACUACUGCACCUGUUGUUGCUGAUAGUAUCAAUAAAAAGAAGGUAGAUCAAAAAAAGGUAGAUCAAAAGAAGAAUAACGAUAAACAACAACAACCUAAACCUAUUGUUAUCCCUCCUCCUCUUCCAACUCAACCAACACCUAAACAAACCAAUACCACAAACCAAAAGACACCUCAAGUUGCUUCAACAACAUCUACCUCUACUACUACUACUACUUCAACAACAAAGCCAACAACAACAACAAGUGGUAUAUCAUUAUCAAAAUCAUGUUUUGCAUUACAACCAAAUGCAUUUGAAUCACAAUUGAAUAGUUACCAACAAAAGGUUAGUGAAACAAUUGCUAAAAGCCAACAAAUACAUACACUCAUUCCAGAAUUGAUGAGAUCUACCUAUAUACCAGAUAAUCCUCGUGUACAUGAUCAACAACAACAACAACAAAGUCAACAACUCAAGUACCAAAUACAAUCCAAACCAACAACAACUGCCACUACAGUCGAGAUGGAAAUUAAUAGUCAUACAAUACCAGCCAUGUUGAUUGGAAAUUAUUCAAUGAUGAAAAAAGGAACAUCAUCAAUUGAAGAAAUCCAAGCUCUACUUCACCCUCUACUUCCUACCAACCUUGCACCAUUCUAUCAAUCCAUUUCAUUACUCAAAAAAAUUUAUACCAAAAACAAAUUAAGAUUGCAAAAGUUACAUGAAACCAAAUUUAUUCAUAUUUUACACAAAAAAUUAAAAGACUAUAAAUUAUAUAUGAGUAAUGCCUUUUUCCCAAUGGUCAAAUUAAUGCCAAGUAAACAAUUGGUGAUAUUGAUCAUGUAUCGAUUGUAUGCACAAACCCUUUAUAUAAAGUUUCUCAAGGAUCUCUUGGUUGAGGCAUCUGGUGCCUUCACCUACCUUAUCCAAAUUGGUUUUGAUAUUCCCUACACCUACGUCAUGAUGGGUUGUUUGGCCAGUAUCAAUGAACAUCUUACUGAAACCCAAAAAUUAAUAUUUAAUCAAUUUAAUGUAUUAUACAACAAUUUUGAAAAGUUUGAAUGGUCAAGAGAAAUUGCAUCACCUCUUAGUAACAAAGAAUACCAACUCCAAUUAAACUAUUUACUUUUACCAUUUGCCAAUGUUUUUGGGUCAUUAUCCAUUGUCCAAAUGCACCAAGAAAUAAAUACUCCAUUUUCAAUCCCUUCCACUACGAAUAGUAGUUAA